CUCGUAUAAAAACAGUCUUCUGGGUCGCCCUCAGCGCGCAACAAAAUACCCGUUUAAUCCUUUUGAGGUUGAAAUAUUUAUCCGCCACAAGUUCAGAGGGGUGAACCGGUGCUUACUUUACUUUAAUCUGGCCGUGAUUGGCCCGGAGGAGCGCGUUAGGAGCCACUUUGAGGGCUUUUGUCGGGGUUAGGGCAGACGGCGUGUCAGGCCUGGAACUGUAGCUGCAGAUCCGACCUGUUCAUGUUUAAAACAGCUGAAAGAGACGGAUCUGAACCGCUGACACAGUCUUGAAUGAAUGACCGGGGAGUUUAUUUAGUAGUGAAGCCAUGGCUGUAUCGAGACUUGAUCGUUUGUUUAUCCUCCUGGACACCGGGACGACACCAGUCACCAGAAAAGCAGCCGCCCAGCAGCUCGGAGAAGUCGUCAAACUUCACCCACACGAGCUCAACAACCUAUUAAUCAAGGUUUUGACGUAUCUACGGAGCCCCAACUGGGACACUCGGAUUGCAGCGGGCCAAGCCGUGGAAGCCAUCGUGAAGAAUAUUCCUGAGUGGAAACCAGCACCCAAGGUCGAACAAGAGUCUUGCGAGGAUCUGUCUCCAGAGGACUCGUCUUGUGACCGGCUGACCUUUUACCACUUUGACAUCUCCCGUCUGCUCAAACACGGGGCGUCUUUGCUGGGAUCUGCUGGGGCCGAGUUUGAGCUCCAGGAUGACAAAACAGCUGAAAUGGACCCGAAGGAACGUCUCGCGCGCCAGAGGAAACUCCUCCAGAAGAAACUGGGCCUGGACAUGGGAGCUGCUAUUGGAAUGGACACGGAGGAACUGUUCAACGACGAGGAUUUAGAUUAUUCCUGUCAACCAAAUAAUCUGAAAGGCCCAGGAAUCAAAGCCACAGCCGGCUGCAGCUCCCGCAACCACGUGACCAUUCAAGCUGCUGAGCUGAUCGACUCCGAGUUCCGGCCCGGCAUGAGCAGUCGUCAGAAGAAUAAAGCCAAGAGGAUGGCUAAGUUAGUGGCUAAACAAAGAUCUCGGGACAUGGAUCCCAAUGAAAAGAGUAAUGACAGUUUUGAAGGUGAACCCGAGGAGAAGCGAAGGAAAACAACCAACGUAGUUAUCGACCAGCCAGCUACGCAGAAUAAAGUCUUAAUUGAUAACGUUCCUGAUAACUCCAGUCUGGACGAGAUCCAAGAAUGGCCGUUAGAGAGUUUCUGUGAAGAACUCUGCAACGACCUCUUCAAUCCUUCAUGGGAGGUUCGUCACGGUGCCGGCACCGGUCUGAGAGAAAUCAUCAAGUCUCACGGAGCCGACGGCGGGAAGCUGGUGGGAAGCACGGGGAAACAGAUGUCGCGACAGCAUCAGGAAUGGAUAGAAGAUCUGGUCAUCCGUCUCCUGUGUGUCUUUGCUUUGGAUCGUUUUGGUGAUUUUGUAUCUGACGAGGUGGUGGCUCCGGUCAGGGAAACGUGUGCCCAGACGCUCGGCGUGGCGCUGCGCCACAUGAACGAGACGGGUGUUUCUAUGACGGUGGACGUUUUACUGAAGCUGCUGAAGGAGGAUCAGUGGGAGGUCCGACAUGGAGGUUUACUGGGGAUCAAGUACGCCCUGGCCGUCCGGCAGGACCUGAUCACCGUCCUGCUGCCCCGGGUUCUCCCUGCCGUCACCGAGGGCCUGCAGGACCUGGACGACGACGUCCGGGCCGUGGCAGCUUCAUCUCUGAUCCCCGUGGUGGACGGACUGGUGAAGCUUCUGACCAGCAAGGUUCGGGGACAGACUAGUUCUCCUCAGUGUGAUGUCCCCUUCAUCGUUAACACACUCUGGGACGCUUUGUUGGACCUGGACGACCUGACCGCCUCCACCAACAGCAUCAUGACGCUGUUGUCCUCGUUGCUGACGUAUCCACAGGUCCGGCAGUGCAGUAUGCAGCAGUCCCUGACUGUCCUCGUUCCUCGGGUUUGGCCGUUCUUGAGACACACGAUAUCGUCGGUAAGAAGAGCAGCGCUGGAAACCCUUUACACCCUGCUGUCCAAAGCUGACCAGAGUUGUGCCAUGUGGAUUAAUCCCAUUUUACAAGACAUGCUGCGCCACAUCUUUCAGUCCUGUAUUCUGGAGAGCAACGAGGAUAUUCUUGAACUGAUACAUAAGGUGUGGAUGGAGCUGCUGUCUCAGGCCCCCCACCAGUACGUGGUUGCAGCCAGCUGUCCCUGGAUGGGAGCCUGGCUGUGUCUCAUGAUGCAGGCGUCCCACAUCCCCAUAGACCUGAACAUGCUGCUGGAGGUCAAGGCCCGCUGCAAGGAUAAGGCCGGUACAAAAGCGCGUCUAGGCAACAAUCAGGUGAAGGAAACGAUGCAGGAAUACAUAGCGGGUGCUGAGACUGUGACGGACGACCCGGUGACGAGGGAUUACGUCGUGAUCCGAGCUCGACUCAUGUCUGCCAAGCUGCUGGGGGCGUUGUGUCGCUGCAUCUGCGACCCGCAGCUCAACGCUGCGUCUCAGGAGAUCCGGCCGGCCGAGUCUCUGGGCCAGCUGCUGCUCUUCCACCUCAACUCCAAGUCGGCGCUGCAGCGCAUCGCCGUGUCCCUGGUGCUGUGUGAGUGGGCGGCUCAGCAGAAGGAUUGUCCGGUGGUGUCGUCCAUGGUGCAGCCUCGUCUCCUGGCCAUCCUGACAGAACACUUGUACUACGAUGAGAUCGCCAUCCCCUUCACGCGCAUGCAGAACGAGUGCAAACAGCUGAUUGCUCUGCUGGCCGAGGCUCAGAUAGACGUGGAAGAUCGAGUCAACUGCUCUGUUUUCACCAUCGACCAGGCCAACGAGUUGGUAACCACCAUCUUCAGCGAGUCGACGGCGAGUCUGAACACGAAGUGUAAGACGUGGCAGGGCCUGGACGGGAAGCGUCAGCAGGCCCAGUCCACGGUGACUGAGACCAACGGGGAGUGGCAGCAGCUGCACCUGCGGGUGCACAUGUUCACGGCGUGCGCCGUGAUCAACCUGCAGGUGCUGCCGGACAAGCUGAACCCGCUGGUGCGGCCGCUGAUGGAGGCCGUGAAGAGGGAGGAGAACACGCUGAUCCAGAGCUACGCCGCCUCCUUCAUCGCCAAGCUGCUGCGUCAGUGCUCCGGCCGCUCGCCGUGUCCUAACCCUAAAAUCAUCAAGAACCUCUGCAGCUCGGCCUGCGUGGACUCGGCCGUCACGCCCUCGUCCGCCUGCCCCGUUCCCCCGACACACGACGACGUCAAAGGUUGUGGGAUGGAGAGAGACGGGAUGCACCACAUGGUCAACAAAACCCGAGGAAUCAUCACCCUGUACCGGCACCAGAGAGCUGCGUUUGCCAUCACCAGUAAACGAGGACCCGCCCCUAAAGCCCCCAAGACCCCGACGACAGAGCUGCCGCCCGGCAGCACCAUCGGCCCCGACAACGACGAGAGCAAGAAGCCGUUCCUCAUCCAGCGCCGCGGGGCCGAGUUCUCCCUGACGACGAUCGCCCGGCACUUCGGGGCAAACCUGACCAAGAGUCUUCCGUAUCUGUGGGAGAACACGGUGGGACCGCUGAGGACGGCCGUGUCGGACGAUCACUGCAUCGACCGGGAGGCCCAGCUGGAGAGAGGAGACGCUGCAGCGCAGGAACUAGUCAGUUCUCUGCAGGUAUUGGAGGUGAUGGCUGGAGCCAUGGCUGCUGAACUCAGACACUCGCUCCUGGAGCACCUACCUCACCUGUUCACCUGCCUGCAGCACCCGUACACGGCGGUACGACACAUGGCAGCUCGCUGCGUCGGGGCUUUGAGUAAGAUCGCCACGCUGGAGACCAUGAACAGUUUCCUGGAGAGAGUUCUGCCCUGGUUAGCUGCGAUUGAUGACUGCACCAAACAGGAAGGAGCCAUCGAAGCCUUAGCCUGCGUGAUGGAGCAGCUGGACGUGGACAUCGUCCCCUACAUCGUGCUGCUGGUCGUCCCGGUGCUGGGACGGAUGAGCGACCCCAGCGACAGCAUCCGCUUCAUGGCCACGCAGUGUUUCGCUACGCUGAUCCGUCUGCUCCCCCUGGAGGCCGGGAUUCCAGACCCUCCCGCCAUGUCUGCCGACCUGAUUCGACAAAAAGCCAGAGAGCGUAAUUUCCUGGAACAGCUGUUGGACGGUAGAAAGUUGGAGAACUACAAGAUUCCCGUGCCGAUUAAGGCGGAGCUGCGGAAAUAUCAGCAGGACGGAGUGAACUGGCUGUCGUUCCUGAACAAAUACAAGCUGCACGGGAUCCUGUGUGACGACAUGGGCCUGGGGAAGACGCUGCAGUCCAUCUGUAUUCUGGCAGGAGAUACCUACCUCAGGGCACAGGAAUACUCCAAGACGAAGGCGAGUGACUGCAGCCCCAUGCCGUCUCUGGUGGUUUGUCCUCCCACCCUGACGGGUCACUGGGUGGAUGAAGUGGGAAAAUUCUGUUCCAAAGAAUUCCUCAACCCGCUGCAUUACACCGGGCCGCCCACGGAACGGAUGAGGUUGCAACACCAAGUUAAAAAGCACAAUCUCGUAGUCGCCUCUUAUGACGUCGUACGGAACGACAUAGACUUCUUUAGAAAUAUCAAAUUUAACUACUGUAUCCUGGACGAGGGUCACGUCAUCAAGAAUGGGAAAACCAAACUUUCCAAAGCCAUGAAACAGUUAGCUGCAAACUUCAGAGUCAUCCUAUCAGGAACACCGAUCCAGAACAACGUCCUGGAGCUCUGGUCGUUGUUUGACUUCCUCAUGCCGGGCUUUCUGGGAACGGAGCGACAGUUUGCUGCUCGGUAUGGAAAACCCAUCCUGGCCAGCAGAGACGCCAAGAGCUCGUCGAGGGAACAGGAGGCCGGAGUCCUGGCGAUGGAAGCGUUGCACCGGCAGGUGCUGCCGUUCCUCCUGAGGAGGAUGAAGGAGGACGUCCUGCAGGACCUGCCACCCAAAAUAAUUCAGGAUUAUUACUGCAACCUGAGCCCUCUGCAGGUUCAGCUGUACGAAGACUUUGCCAAGUCCCGAGCCAAGGCCAGCGUGGACGACAGCAUCUCCAUGGCGUCUGGAGACGAGGAGGAGAAACCCAAACUUAAAGCCACAGGCCACGUCUUCCAGGCGCUGCAGUAUCUGCGUAAACUCUGCAACCAUCCCAGCCUGGUGUUGACGUCGCAGCAUCCGGAGUACAAACACAUCACGGAGCAGCUGGCGGGACAGAACACCAGUCUGAGAGACAUCCAGCACGCACCCAAGCUCUCCGCCCUCAAACAGCUGCUGCUGGACUGUGGUCUGGGAGGGGGUGGAGGAUCUGAGGGCGGUACUGAGUCCGUGGUUGCCCAGCACCGGGUCCUGAUCUUCUGUCAGCUGAAGAGCAUGCUGGACAUCGUAGAACACGACCUGCUGAAGCCCAAACUCCCCACGGUGACGUACCUGCGUCUGGACGGCAGCGUGCCGGCCGGCCAGCGCCACGCCAUCGUGUCCAGGUUCAACAACGACCCGUCCAUCGACGUGCUGCUCCUCACCACCCACGUGGGCGGGCUGGGUUUAAAUCUGACCGGAGCCGACACCGUGGUGUUUGUGGAACACGACUGGAACCCCAUGAGGGACCUGCAGGCCAUGGACCGAGCUCACCGGAUAGGACAGAAACGAGUGGUGAACGUGUACCGGCUGAUCACCAGAGGAACUCUGGAGGAGAAGAUCAUGGGACUGCAGAAGUUUAAGAUGAGCAUCGCUAACACCGUCAUCAACCAGGAGAACACCAGUCUGCAGAGCAUGGGGACGGACCAGCUGCUCAACCUGUUCACGCUGGACCAGGGCGGUAAAGGCGAGCGGGGCGAGCCGUCGUCGGGGAAAGGCUCCAUGAAGUCGGUGCUGGACGGGCUGGGGGAGCUGUGGGACCAGCAGCAGUACGAGUCCGAGUACGACCUGGACACGUUCAUGCACUCGCUGCAGUAACACGACCCCCGACCCCCAACACCCCCCCGACCGAGCAGGACCUGGUCACCGUAUUUAAUACAUGUAAGGAGUAGGUUACAGGUACAACAGCAAACACAGCCCAGUCACAACUAUGGAUUUUAUUGCUCUAAACUGGACAUUUUUCUUUCUUUUCUUAACAUAAUUCAGUGAGUAAAACCUCCAUUAACACACCCCUUUUUACAAACCUGAGUGGGAAACGUCUCCUCCUUGGUUUAUUUGGCCUGUAGAGACUCGUCCUCCGUCUGAAGCACACGUGUCAGAAUCACGGCCGUUAUUUCUGGCGAAGCCGCCGCAGCAGCCGGGGCUGCUUUCAAAGCCGCUGCUGCUUCACUUUUGCACAUGGCGUCGCCAGAAUUAAACAGUGUUGACGGCCUCACGACCGGCCCGCCGACACCCCGACACAAAGUCUUAAAGCACGACCGCUCCCCAGCUCACUCACGGGUACGACGAGACAAAAGGGAAACCGGGAAGAAACAGGACGUGGUCGCCGUUCUGGAGUUUUACAGAAACCCUGAACCCCAGAGACGUUUCUGUGACGAAACAAAGAAAUAAAGAUGGAUCUUUGGGAGAAUCUGUUCACACAAACACGGCUGGAGGAGAAUCUGUUCACACAAACACGGCUGGAGGAGAAUCUGUUCACACAAACACGGCUGGAGGAGAAUCUGUUCACACAAACACGGCUGGAGGAGAAUCUGUUCACACAAACAUGGCCGGAGGAGAAUCUGUUCACACAAACAUGGCCGGAGGAGAAACUCCGCUCACGUGAGGAGAAAGGACCCAGGAAACGACGACACUGGAAGCAGCAGAGACUGAACUCGGAUCCAGCUGAGACUGGAACCCGCAGCAUCACAAGUAUUUUAAAAUGAAUUAUAGACUUGUACAUAUUUCUAUAAUUGCUGCUUUUCUUUUUUGUUUAUGACUGUGGAAUUGUAAUAAAUUCUACGAACCUUUGAA